UCCGUCUCUCUGCACUUGUCUCCUCAGUCAAGGAGAAAUUAAUUGGAGGGAAGAAUACGCCAAAGAAGCAGUUGGAGAACUGAAGAAACGCAAAGUUUGUGCUUCACCACCAUGCCCCAGAAAGACUACAGAAGUCCGGCCAGCUGGGAGACCGGAGUGGCCUCCAUGAUGCAGAACAGUCACAGCGGGGUCAACCAGCUCGGGGGGGUAUUUGUGAAUGGGAGACCUCUGCCCGACUCCACCAGGCAGAAGAUCGUGGAGCUGGCCCACAGCGGUGCUCGGCCAUGUGACAUUUCCAGAAUCCUUCAGGUGUCCAAUGGCUGUGUGAGUAAGAUCCUGGGCCGAUACUAUGAGACUGGAUCCAUCCGUCCCCGGGCCAUUGGAGGGAGUAAACCCAGGGUGGCCACCCCAGAGGUGGUUGCUAAGAUUGCCCAGUACAAGAGAGAGUGUCCGUCCAUCUUUGCCUGGGAGAUCAGAGACCGGCUGCUGGCGGAGGGCGUCUGCUCCAAUGACAACAUCCCCAGUGUCUCUUCAAUAAACAGAGUCCUCAGGAAUUUGGCCAGUGACAAGCAGCAAAUGGGCUCAUUGGGAACAGAAGGGAUGUUUGACAAACUCAAGAUGCUCAACGUGCAUACCAGCUGGGGGGGGCGCUCCAGCUGGUAUGCUGGGACCACACUCUCCUCCACAGAGUGUCCGCAGGCAGAAGGAAGAGAGAACGGCAUCUCGGUGAACUCCAGCACCGAAGACUCAGAGGAGACACAGAUGAGGCUUCAGCUGAAGAGGAAGCUGCAGAGAAACAGAACUUCUUUCACUCAGGACCAAAUUGAAGCACUAGAGAAAGAGUUUGAAAGGACUCACUAUCCAGACGUGUUUGCUCGUGAGCGUCUUGCUAACAAAAUAGACCUUCCUGAAGCCAGGAUACAGGUUUGGUUUUCCAACAGACGAGCAAAGUGGAGAAGAGAGGAGAAGUUGCGAAAUCAGCGUCGACAGAUAUCCAGCUCCAGCAGCCACAUUCCCAUCAGCAGCAGCUUCAGCUCCUCCGCCUACCAGCUUCUGCCCCAGCCGGCCGCACCAGUGUCGUUUUCUUCCGGCUCCAUGUUGGGAAGGUCAGAUCCCGCCCUGUCCAACAGCUACAGCCUCCCAGCCAUGCCCAGCUUUAGCAUGGCGGCCAGCCUGCCCAUGCAGGCGUCCAGUCAGGCGUCUUAUUCCUGCAUGCUGCCCACCAGCCCCACUGUGAAUGCUCGAAGCUACGAAACAUACACUCCCCCACAUAUGCAGCCUCACCUCAGCAGCCAGUCUAUGACUUCCUCUGCUACGUCGUCAACAGGUCUGAUCUCUCCUGGCGUCUCUGUGCCGGUCCAAGUUCCAGGAAGUGAAGCAGACAUGUCCCAGUACUGGCCCCGCCUGCAGUGAAGCUGCUCCUGCAGCAGGGAUCACUAAGAGGGGCGGUGUGAAGAUCUGUUCAUCUUCAUCAGUGCUGUGAAUGACCAACUCCUCGGCAGAUGCGCUCAGACUGAGGAGUUGUGCUGCUGAAGCGUCCUGGGGGAGCCUGAAGCUGCUGGAGGGAUCGGUUGUUGAUCAGGUUCAUCUGGGGCUGCGUCAAAGGUCUCUGCACCGCGAGGGAGGGCCUUCAGAGUCUGCCUGGUGAGGACAGAGGAUGUGAGUGAGGAGCUGCCAAACAUGGAAACAUUUCCGCAAGGAAAAGCUUCAGACAAAAAAAAAAAAAACAAUUUACAGAUGUGUGGCACACCCCCCUCCCCCCAAAAAGGGGGUAUUGCACUUGUGUACUUGCAACAAAAGGAAAUGUAGACAGAAGUGUAGAAGGAAGGACUGACUGACAUCUGCUGUGGCUUACCUUCCCAUCAGCAGAUGCCUUGGUAUUGUGAACCAUCACAUGACUGCAACCUUCCAACCAGAAAGCUGGAAGCAGCUGGAAACAGCUGGAAUGAGCUGUGAAUGACCAGGGAGCAGCUGGAAACAGCUGGAAUGAGCUGUGAAUGACCAGGGAGCAGCUGGAAAUACCUAAGAGCAGCUGGAAACAUCUGGAAGCAGCUGGAAUAAUCUGGAAGCAGCUGGAAACAUCUGGAAGCAGCUGGAAACAUCUGGAAGCAGCUAGAAACACCUGGAAGCUGUUUGAAACAUUUGAAAACAUCUGGAAGCAGCUGGAUUAAGUUAACACAAUGACUGAAAGAAAAUGUAUUGAUGCAAAUUCAGGAAGCAGCAGUUUUUCUACUUGAUACAGAUGCAUUUUGAAUGUAUGUGGACUUGUUACUGACUUUAGAAUGUUGAUGGUUUCCACGACAACAACUGUUUCUAUGUCAUUCAGAUGGCGUGAGCAGCAGAGAAGCUGGACUUAAGCUGGUGUUGGGUUGAGGGAUGAAAGCCUGAAUGCAGAAAAAACAGCUAAUCCAAAAGAACUUGCCAUAAAGACUCUAAAUCUGGCCAAGUAUUUGUCUACUUUUUAGUCUUAUCACACUUUGGAACAGACACAAUAAUCGACAAGCAACAUUUUAAUAAGACAAAAUGACCUACCCAUAGAGAAAUCCUCUUGAAUGGGCAAAAUUUCAUUUGAAAUGAGCCAAGCAUAAACUCUUUAACAGGACAUGUAAGCAUUUUCUAUAUUUAUUUUGUGUAUUUUUGAAAGAAAAGUCAUCUUAUUCCAGGUGUAAUACAUUUAUUUAAUUAAAAAACAGACAAACAUAGUUGGUAUUAUUGAGCUUUGCAGUGUGAGAAUCUCUUCUCUACUUUACUCGUUUUUAGAAGGCUACAUUUUUAAGGAAACUUCUUUAAAUGGCUUGUGAAAUUCAACAGCAAAGUGUGAGAACUUCUGUAUUUGUUUCACUUUAUUUUGUGGUUUCAAGAAUUCUUAUGAAGUGUGUGAAUAAGUGUGUGUGUCUAUAUAUGAGUGUCUGUGUGUAUGCAUGUGUCUAUACAUAUAUGAAAGAAUGUAUAUAUGAUGUGUAUAGGUGUGUGUGAUAUGUGUACGUGUAUUAAGGUUAGGCCUUAAUUUUUGAGGGGGAGGAGCUUACCUGAAAGUGCAGAAUCUGUGUCAAAAAUCGUUAUGGGAACAGACCAGUGAAAAACUCUGUUUUUUUCUCAUUUCCUGUAUUUUGUUUGUGAUUGCCGGUCAACUUCUGUAAACUUUGACUACUUAAAGAAACAAGAACAGCUCUCACAAAAUAAAUGCUUCUUAAAAAAACAGAAAA